AUGCAUGAGUCUGGAAGUUUUGCAGCAUCACGUUCUAGACGUGAGAAGAAGUCUAGAAGAGGCCAGCAAGAAGCACUGGAACGUCUGAAAAAAGCCAAGGCUGGCGAAAAAAUAAAAUAUCAGGUUGAGGAGUUCACAGGUGUUUACGAUGAAAUAGAUGAGGAGGAAUACUCCAAGAUGGUCAGAGAACGUCAGGAUGAUGACUGGAUUGUUGAUGAUGAUGGGAUAGGUUAUGUAGAAGAUGGAAGGGAAAUCUUUGAUGAAGAUCUGGAUGAUGAUGCUCUUGGUUCCAGUAAGAAAGGAAAAGGCGGCAAAACAUCUACGCUUGAUAAAAAGAACGUGAAAAAAUCUGUGGUGUCAAAGCCAAACACAAUUAAGUCUAUGUUUAUAGCCAGUGCUGGGAAGACGAACACAGAUAAAACUGUGGACCUGUCAAAGGAUGAUUUACUAGGGGAUAUUCUUCAAGAUCUUAAUGCUGAAACUGUUCAGAUAAGUCCGCCACCAAUUAUAAUGCUGAAAAGGAAAAGGUCUGCUGGAGUACCACUGAAUCCUUUCUCUGUGCAGUCCCAAACUCCUAAGGUAAUCACCCCUAUAUCAAAGAAAGCUCCUGCUCAUCUCAGGAAGGAAGCUCUUCCUCCAGCUUCAUUUCGUCCUAAACAUCCCAAUUACACAGCAAAAUCUGUCAUAGCCUCUGAAAAUGAGGAUACCAAGUAUGUGCAAAAAGCUGCAGAAAAUGGGGGAAUAGUGAAGACAAUAGAAGAGAAAGCUAUUGAAGAUGAUGAUCAGGGAAUGAUGGAUUUUGAUGAGGAGGACUUUGAUGAACCUAUGGAAGCAGAGCAUGUGGAAACUAUACCUGAGACAGCUGAAAGCUUGAAGAGAGACAAGGAAAUUGAAAAGAAAGAGACAGAGCAGCUGGAAUCAGAGAAGAAAGAGACAUCUGUCUUAAGUUGUUCUCUCCCAGAUACCUCGUGUUGGGACAGAGUUGAUGAGGAUGAAGCUGAUGUAGUAGUGGCAGAAGUUCAGCUGGACCCCGAUCUCCUUCCACUGGUGAAGGGGGAAAAUGAUGAUCAAGUCUUAAGAUUUUAUUGGCUGGAUGCGUAUGAAGAUCAGUACAGUCAGCCAGGUGUGGUAUUUUUGUUUGGCAAAGUUUGGAUUGAAUCUGCAAACACCUAUGUCAGUUGUUGUGUGACAGUGAAAAAUAUUGAGAGAACUGUUUAUCUACUGCCACGUGAAACGGAAAUCGACCUGUCCACUGGCAAAGAGACGGAGACUCCAGUAACUAUAAUGAGUGUUUUCAAGGAAUUUAAUGACUGCAUUUCACCAAAGUAUAAGAUCAUGAAGUUCAAAUCCAAG